UCAUCGGACUUGGCGGACAAGUAUAUGAUGUGUACAAGUUUUUGUAUCAAACAUGGAUGAACGUGUAGCUCGCGCCAGGAGCAGCUCAAGUGCCUCAAGUUUAUUUUUCCCAACACCGAAAGCUCCGCCACAAAGGGGUAAUUUCCUCAUGACCUAUUUCUCGUGCCCUGUUGGUUCUUUAGAGCAGAACUCGGUUCACUCCUCGGCUCGGCCUCGAGGAGCAACACUGAUCACUGAAAACACAUACAAAAUGGAACCAGACAAGAGAUUCAGCGUAGCUGAGGUGAGAGCUAUUCUUCAUCAACAUCUUCAGUCUCUUGAAACACAAAAAUACGACGCUAAACUGUGCAGAGAGGUGGCCAAAGGAAUGUGUAACUCCAUCAUGAGUGAUUUAAAGUUGCUGGGGUAUUCACGGUUCAAGUUUGUCUGUUCCGUCACGAUAGGACAAAAUAAAGGCCAGGGUGUGAGAAUAGCCAGCCGAUCUGUUUGGGACACUAAUUGCGACCAGUUCGUGUCUGAAAGCUUCAAGAAUGAAACCUUGUUUGCUGUUGGAGUAGUGUUUGGAGUUUACAAAGAGUGAGAAGCAAAGCUGGUGAAAAUUUUGCCUUACAUAACUUUAUAUAUUCUGGUAUUAUUAUUCGAGAAAUUUGCGAAGGAUAGCCUGGUUUGAGAAAAUCCAUGGCCCGGUAACAUUCGGAAACAGCCACCAUAUAAAAUCUCCUCAGAGCUUCAAUUCACUGUCGCAUAUUUUAACUUCCCGUCGAUCCAAGAUAGUGUCAUCAUCCACAACCGAAAAAUCAAUCCUUAUGUUGCGUGAUAAAACUGAAUAAUAUAGUCGUUUGUUUGUGAAUGGACAACAUCAAGUUUGUAGUCGUCUCUUUUGAGAAAAAAUGUAAAAGCCC